AUGGGCAGCCUCGCCGGCAGGGUGGUGGCCAGGCGGCCGCGGUUCCUGUGCCUGCACGGGUUCCGGACCAGCGGUGAGAUCAUGCUGAAGCGGGUGGUGGGGAAUUGGCCCGUUGAGGUCACGACGCGCUUCGACCUUUUCUUCGCCGACGCGCCCUUCCCUGUCGAGGGCAAGUCCGACGUCGACGGCGUCUUCGACCUACCCUACUACGAGUGGUUCCAGUUUGACAAGGUUGCUGCUUGCUUUGGGGGAGAUAAGCACGGCCUGGAGAUAAGGAAUCAAGGAGACAAAGAGGGAGAGCGGGAGAGGAGCAUAGCCAGAUCCAAGAUGCUUAGAUAA